GUGCACUGAUUGGUGGACGCUAUAGGAAGACAACACCGGGGUUUAGUGGAGCCGCGCUGCAGCAACAAACUAGCGCGUUAUUUAGUUAUUCUCAAUCAUUUGUAACUGUUUUUAUUUAUUACAGAAGUCAUGGAGAAUAUCCUGAGGAGACUGUUUUCCUCUGAAGAGGCAGAACUUUACAUUUUAGACAGUCUUUCAUAUUUAAUGUUGCUCAUGGCACUUGCGACAUGUGUAACUUUGCUCUUUGAGAAUGUACCUUAUGGCAGGUAUACUUCCAGUAAAUAUGGCUUUCCGGUUAAUGUCAAAGUGGCUUGGUUUAUUCAAGAGCUACCUGCUUUUCUUGUGCCUCUGAGUUUAAUAUUAUGGGCUUCACCCUUGAAGAUAACAGAUCUGCCUAACCAGCUCCUUCUUGGCAUGUACUUUUGCCAUUAUGUCCAAAGGUCUCUCAUAUACCCGUUUUUAAUCCGAGGAGGAAAGCCCACACCGUUUGCUUCAUUUGCUCUGGCAUUUGCGUUUUGCAUUUAUAAUGGAUAUCUGCAAGUGAGAUACCUGAGCCAGUAUGCAGACUUCCCUCAGGGUUGGGUUUCACAUCCCUGCUUCAUCACAGGCUCCUGUCUGUGGCUUCUUGGAUGGAUAAUUAACCUUCAUUCUGACCACAUUCUGAGGAACCUGCGCAGUCCAGGAGAAACGGGCUACAAGAUACCCAGAGGUGGAGUGUUUGAGUACGUGUCUGGUGCUAAUUUUCUGGGUGAGAUCGUGGAAUGGGCUGGAUUCGCUCUGGCUGCUCACUCAAUCCACAGUUUUGCCUUCGCUUUCUUCACCUUCAUCGUUCUUUCCAACCGAGCCAUCGCCCACCACAAGUGGUAUCUUGAUAAAUUUGAGGAUUACCCCAAAUCAAGGAAAGCUCUGAUUCCAUUUGUGUUCUGAAGAAAUAACAAUACUACCCUCACAUACAAUGAAGAACAUCCAAACUUAUAUUAUAUUAUGAAAUAUAAGGGAAUUUCUUAUUGCGUUGAAAUAUUAAGCACCAGCUCAGGCCUGUUUGAGAAUCAGAUCACUUCUCAUUGCCGAAUCGCCACAGGCAUUGCCAGUUAGUCCAUUGUAAAAUGUAAUUGUGCAGGCAUGAGUCAUGGAUAAAUAAUUACACCUCAAGGCCUGAGUUUUGCAUCCUGUCAUGCAAAACUGAGAUCAAAAUGGAGAGAUGAACUUGCACAAAAAACUAAUCUUCAAAGUUUUAAUAAUUGUUUACACAUCUUAAAUUCAUUACAACACAUUACAGCCUUUUUUCAUUUGGUUGUGUAAUACUCUCAACUAUUUCCAACAAUUUCAUAUGUAAAAACAAAAGUUUAAGACAAAUUAGAAGACUUACAUUUUUUUUUUCUUGAACUCAUUGUUAGUAGAAUAGGUGAAAUAAAGCUUAUCCUUAACCUUGAAAUCCUCUAAAUCUCUAAAGCCAUCACUUAUUGGUGGAAGAACAAAACUUCAGUUCUUAAGAUCAAACAUAAUAUCAGCCUGCUUUUCACAAGAAUAUUACAUCAGGGUCUGUCAAAAUGCAGUUCUUCAAAGUGCUAGAAUGAGGGCUGUAAUUAUGCUCUGUUAUUACACUUAAGCUCCAGCGAAUGUCUGUUACAAAAUUGUCUAAGAUAAAGGCAGAAAGGUUGCACAAAACAAAGGUUGUUCUUUGCCAGUGCCAGGUCAACACAUUGCAGGUUGUGGUUCUGCCUGUCAGAGCCAGCCUGCUGGCAUGACUGGCCUUAACACUUACUUUUUUUUUUUUUCCUCUACUGCUGAUUCUUUCCACUCUUUAAUGGAUUCAGUACCUACACCACAGUCCUGCUUGUGGCUACCCCUUGAUUCCCACUGCUGUUUUCACUAGUUGUUGGAACGUCCUGGCAUCAUCUUCCCUGAGUAGAUCUGCUAUCCCAAAUUGAUGGACAGAUUUGACACCCUCAGGCAGAUCGCCUAUGAUUGGGGCUGGCCCCCUGGGCUGAAUUGCCAACUAAGGACUAGCAGGAAACCCGUCUGAAGACAAGAGCUCUUUGCACAUGGGCCUUGUAUGACCUUAAGUGGAAGUUGUUCUGUGAAUUGUGGUCACCUCAGUCACUGGACCCCAUGUACUGCUCAAUUCCUAUGAUACAUACUUUUUUUUGGGGACUGCCAAACAGUGGCAGUUCUUCAUCUACCCUAAAGGUGUGUGUGUGUGGGUGUGUGUGGGGGUGUGUGUGUGGGUGGGUGGCAGUCAUUCCAGUGCACCACGGCACCAUCUCGCUAGGGUCUCAUAGGCUUAUUACCGCCUUUGUAAGUGGAGUGAGGCACUUCUUCCUGCAAAUGUCCCCUUGUAGCCCAGCUUGGAACCUCCCCUUGUACUGGACCCCCUUAAGUAAGGACCCUGCUUAUGAGCCUCUUCAUGAUGCUGAGGUGAAAUGGGUGUCUCUGGAAACUGCUUUCUUGCUAGUGAUAACUUCAAAACUCCUAAAAGAGUUGGGGAGGUGCAGGUUUUGGCAAUAAGCGUGCCUUGAAUGCAGUGGUGGCCAGAUAACUUUGGGCUGAAUCCAGGUUUUCUGCCCAAGGUCAUGUCACCAAACUUUGUUAAUCAGUCUAUUGACCUUGAAUCCCUCAAUGAGCGUGAGCCUGCGUAGCAUUCCUUACUGUAUCCAGUAUGUGACUUACAGUGUUAUUUGGACCAGAGGCAGCCAUCAGAUCCUUAGACCAACUGUUUUUUUUAUUAUGGUGGGAAGACACUUGUCUAAGGAAAGGCUGGCCCGGGUGGUAGACGUCAUCACCUUGGCCUCUUGACAGCCUGGAUGUACACCCCCUACUAUUACUUGCCUGACUCCUUCUCAUAGCCCAUUUUUAUAGAGCUGUGCCGAUGCUACCUUGGCAUUGCCAUGCACUUUCUUCAGACUUUACGAAGUAACAUCACCCUUUCCAGUGAUGUGAGCACAGUAGGCAUUUCUGAGCACCCUUCCAGGCAGACCUGUUUUCAAUCAUGUUGUUGGUAUAUGCUAUCCAGGUGUCCUUCACCAUGCCAUGGGGUUAGGAUGAGUGAAAUACAUAUAUAAAUGUGGUUCUAUGAGUCUUGAAAAUUCUCCAAGGUCCCUUGUAAUUUGCCCAAUCUUAGUGACAAGGUUCCAGAAAAUGAUUUCUGUGUGGUGGUUUAAUGGUUAUGGACCUUCAUAGGAGGCAUUGUGCAGGCAGAAGGUUAUUAAUCUGAAACAAUGAGAUGUUAAAGGAUGGAUAAUUACAGUAACACAUGGCAUAAAAGGAAUAUACAUGAAUGAGAUGAGUAAUUAGCUCAAAUACUCAAACAGUGAUUUUGACAAUUCUUGGUCUGUUCAGCUUGUGAUCAAUGGGAACUAUUCAAUUGUAAUUAAUUUAUUGAAUGAUUUGAAUGAUUUUAAAGCUUGUAUAAAAUAAAGCCAUCAUUUUAAUGGUGACAUGAAGGAAGCCUUUUCUCCGUCAUCCUAUAAAAGAAAUGGAUUGGCCUAUUUCCACCCGUCUGUUAUGCCAACACUGUCACACUUAGGGACGCUCUGAGGUGGAGAGGCAGGCACAGGCAGGAUUUAUUCAUCGGUGGAAGAGGGGAUCUUAGCUCUGCUGCUGUGUUAACUUAAUAUACAUAACUUUACACAAACUGAAAGAUGGUCUUUCAACAGAUUAAAGCCUGUUCAGGACUUGACCAUUGGUUUUAGGGAUUCACUCUGAUAUUUGACAGAAGGAAUGUGCCCAUACAGGGUGUAUUCCCAGCAUGCACCUCAUGUUCCCAGGAUAGGCUCUGGAUCCACAGUGACCCUGACAAGGAUAAAGCAAUUAUGAAGAAGAACGAAUGAAUGUUAUCUUUUCAUCCCUCUCACUAUAAUCUAAGACUGUAGAUGCAGAAAAUGAACUAUUGGUUGGGGGGUAUCACCCUGAAAACAGCUAAUUCACAGGGACAUGUACAGUGGACAGUCUGCAUAAUCUAAGGCUAACAAUGAAAGGAUACAAAAAAAACAUUUUUUACAAGGUGAAGUUUUCUGUGAGAAGUUUGUUUAACAAUGAGGAGGAGGAAGGAGCUUUGUAACAGUAGGAGCUUUGUAACAGUAGUUUUUUUUAUCAUGAGAAGGUCUUCGAGAUAGAGGACUUUCAGCUUCUCUGUGUUUUGUGUUGUUUUAUUACCUUGUUUAAAGCUGUUAUAACAUGUGAUAACUUGUCUCAGGAAGGUUCCACAACAUUGAAUGUACCUAAUAAACAGUUCACAAUCA